UUGUGCGUGGAUUGCGCUGCCGCCGUUCGCUGUGCCGUCGUCACUCGUAUCGGUUGUAGCUGUCAAAGUCAAAUUCGUGGUUGGAAAUCAAUUUUUUUCGGUUGCCAAAAGGAACUGGUGAGAGCGACGGCGAGUGCCAUUAGUUUUAAGCCAGCACCGCUUGCGAUCGACCGCAAAAUUCCCUUUCCUGGACGUGGCCUUCUGCCGAUUCGCUGCAUUUCCUUUUGUUUAUACACAUCCCAGCGCCGCGCAAUAUAAACAGAGAAAGAUUUUCCCCGCAAGGAAUACGCGGAUAAAGUGCUACUGCCAGUCGUUGCCAUCAGAGAACGUCGGUCCAGAGGAUCCGUGGCUGCAACUUAUCCCGUCGAGCGUUCGCCCAGCUUCCACCCGUGGGUUGCAUUUUAGGCCUCUGUCAGCCAGAUCGCCAGCGAAAAAUGUCAAUAAGUCCGGUCAUACUUCAGGCAACCGCCAAGCAUACAUCGACACUGAUAUUCCUGCACGGGCUGGGAGACACCGGUCAUGGCUGGAGUUCAGCUAUUGGUAGUAUUCGCCCGCCACAUAUGAAGGUCAUAUGUCCAACGGCACCAACAAUGCCUGUAACAUUAAAUGCAGGUUUCCAAAUGCCAUCAUGGUUUGAUCUGAAAACCUUGGACAUUUCUGGACCCGAGGACGCAGAAGGCAUACGCAAAGCAUCACAAAAUCUACAUACACUAAUCAAUAGUGAAAUCAGUGCAGGCAUUGAAUCAGAACGUAUUAUUGUUGGUGGUUUUUCACAAGGUGGAGCCUUAGCCCUAUACUCGGCCCUUACAUUCCCAAAACCUUUGGGCGGUGUGAUAUCACUAUCCUGUUGGUUACCGUUACAUAAACAAUUUCCCGGACUUAAAAUUUCUCCAGAUUCUAUUCCGAUUUUCCAAGCCCAUGGAGACUUUGAUCCAGUUGUGCCAUACAAGUUUGGACAACUGUCGGCUAGUCUUCUGAAAACAUUUAUGACUAAUGUUACUUUCAAAACAUAUUCAGGACUGUCACACUCGUCGUCCGAUGAGGAGUUGGCUGACAUGAAGACAUUCGUGGAGCAGUGCGUUGGGGCUAAUUAAAUAUUAAUUACAAAUUCAAUAAUAUAGAUUCUAUUUAGAGUAUUUUCAAUUCAAAAUACUUUCCCACUAAAUUAGGAAUUCAUUAUAUGUAGUUCACUACUACCAGUAAUAUUCACACAAUAAAUUUCCUUUGAAAACUCAAAUGUUGCCAGUUAGUGAACGAAGUAAGAAUCAUGUGGUUGUCACGUCUUAUUCGGAUUGGCUAUAAUUAAUUCAGUAGUAAAUCAAUAACUCACCAGGUUAAGAGCAGCUAAUUAUUCCACUGGGACGGGGAGCUAAAAUAUUCGUUUUGAGAACUUCAAACAGAAUUUAAUUAAUGAUAAUCUGUACACGAAACCACUUAUGUUUUGCCACAGUUACUACUACAAACUACGCAGAGGAACUAACAUUAGUCUUUAGAAAUUGGAACAAUAAUGGGGAAUACUUAACGGAAAGCCACUAACUAUUUACCUAAAGCAAUUCAGAGCUACGUAGAGAAUAUUUACCAAUUCUUUGAAUCGUAAGAACUGUAUAGACACACCACUAUCAUACGUACGAGUAUAAAGUCAAAAAGAAAACAAGAAAAAAUACGUGAAGCAAAGUAGAAUGCAAUUAUGAGUGAGUCCUUUAAGAAAGUAAAUGAAUAAUGGUAAGAAAGUUAUUUAACAAACAAAACGAAUCCUAAACGAUAGCGUUAAAUAUUAAACAAGUAAAAUGUAAUGCUAAGCGUGUGUUUCUACGAACAGGCUUUGUGAGAUCUGAAUCUGAAUCUGAACACUAAGUAUAAACUAAGAAAGAUACAAAAUAGCUUAAUCAGACAUAAAUCUAAAGUAGGCACAGAGGACAUAUAUUUUAUCUAGAACCCUUUGAAGCAGAUUAAAAGAAAACUCGUCAUGAAAAGUGCAUUGAAAAGCGAACUGAAUCAAGAAAUGGCAUUACCACAGUAGAGUAAUCACCGUUUUCUGAAAUCCAGUUUGUCUCCAUAUUUGCUUAGUGCUUUGGGUUAAUUUUCCAUUCAAGAUCGGUUGUAGUCGAAAUUCUAGACAACCUAAUGUAGACAAUUUAAACUAAUUAGCACCGUUAUUUCUUGUUAUAUGAAAUAUGUUCUGUAGCGCGCAGUGAUUUGUUAACAACAAAGUAUUUAAUACAUGCGAGCCAAUUUUAGACCUAAAUGUCUCAAGGAAAGAGAAAAAGUAGUAACCGUCGAAAGCAUGUAGAUUUGGUUUUAUUUUUUUCGAUAUUUCGACUUUGGUUUAUUCAAAAUGGCAAAUAAAAGUGGAUGUUUUUCAUGAUUGAUAAUUAUAGUAUUCAAUACGCCAUCCAAAUUGAAAUUUCUACUUUAAAUUAUGUGAGAGAUUGGAACUUUAGCAUGGAAUAAAUUUGGUUUUAAUUAAAAA